AGUAUUGUCCCCUUGACCCCAAUGUCCCUGGUUCCACCAGAAGAGGCAGAAAAGAAGGACAAUCCCCUCUUCAGCCGGAAGGGAGAGAUGCUGGCGAGCCGGAGGGAUUUCCGCAUGAACACGUGCACCCCGCACACCAACGGCACUUUCAUGCUGGAGCUGGCAGGACUCUCGCCGACCCAGUGCCCCCCAGCCAGGGCCUGUGAAUGGGGACGUGGCAACUCCAUGGGUAGGCGGAGGCGCGGUGCCCCUUAUUCCACCAAGAUCACAUCAGGGACCUCACUCAGGGCUCCUUCGUCACUUGAGGAGUUAGGCUAAAGCCGGGAAAAGAGCCCCCUGGGAGCAAACCCAGUUCUUUGGAAUCUGAUUUUCGCUUCCCGAAGCGAUCAGCCAGAAGCACCUAGAAAACCCACAAGCAGGGCCUGAGGGCAAAAGCACGUUAUGAGAGAGCAGCCUGGUAGCCUGCCGUAUUCCUCAGCUCUUUGUUUUAAAUGUUCUUCUGUUGAAACACAGGUCAGUGCAACAUUUUAAAAAAACUUGGUGAAAAAACAUUAACAAGCAUUGCGCUCCAUCUUUGUUGACUGGAAGUGGAGCAAAAUGGGAUUAAAGGAAGCAGCAAAGUUUCGCCCAACCCAGCAUCUCUGGCUGAAUGUAAAU